AUGGCUUUCACAGGUGACAACUUCAAGGGAAAGCCAAUGACCUCGACCGUGCAGCAUUCUUCCAACGGCUUUGUUGAUAAGCAGCCAGUCUUCAACCACAAGGAAGCAAUCGGUGAAGAGACAGCCCACCAGGCUGCAGAGCGAGGUCGCGCCGCGACUGACAAGUAUGGCAAGUCGCUUGUGCACUUCGAUGCAGCUGCUGAAGCCAGGCUUCGCUUAAAGAUCGAUCUCUACAUAGUUCCCACUGUCGCCAUUCUCUAUCUAUUCUGCUUCAUCGAUCGUGCCAAUAUCGGAAAUGCAAGACUUGCUGGAUUCGAGAAGGAUCUGGGUCUGAAAGGGUACGACUACAACAUGGUUCUUUCUGUCUUCUACGUCUCCUAUAUCAUCUUCGAGAUCCCUUCCAAUAUGGCCUGUAAAUGGAUUGGCCCUGGGUGGUUUAUUCCAGCUCUCUCUCUGGGCUUCGGUAUUUGCUCCAUCUGCACCGCUUUUGUGAAUACCAAGGAGAGCGCGUCGGGAGUCCGAUUUCUCCUUGGUGUCUUCGAAGCUGGCAUGCUGCCAGGUAUUGCAUAUUAUAUGUCCAGAUGGUACAGAAGAAGCGAGUUGACCUUCCGCUUGUCUCUGUACAUCGUCAUGGCUCCGCUUGCUGGUGCAUUUGGUGGUCUUCUGGCCUCCGGCAUCCUUAAACUUCCCAACUUUGGUGGCCUUCGCGCCUGGAGAAUGAUCUUCGCCAUUGAGGGCAUCAUUACCUGCGGCCUGUCUCUGAUUUCCUUCUUCACAUUGACCGACCGUCCCGAGACUGCAAGGUGGCUCUCUCAGGAUGAGAAGGAUCUGGCAAUCGCACGUGUCAAGUCAGAGCGGGUUGGCGCCACCGAAGUCUUGGAUAAGAUCGACGUCCCAAAGCUACUUCGCGGUAUAUUCAGUCCGAUCACUCUUUCCACCGCCUUUAUAUUUCUUCUUGACAACAUCACAGUCCAAGGCGUGGCUUUCUUCGCCCCCACCAUUGUGAGGACAAUCUAUCCUCGCGACAGCGUUGUGUCUCAGCAGCUGCACACCGUACCUCCUUAUGUGGUCGGCUCGUUCUUUACGGUCCUCUUUCCUUACCUCAGCUGGAAAUUUGACCGACGCAAUAUCUUCUUCAUCACCUGUGCACCCUUCAUGAUGGUUGGCUACGUCAUGUUUCUCGCCAGCAUGAAUCCUCAGGUUAGGUACGGAGCCACUUUCAUCAUAGCAAGCGGAGCGUUUGCGUUUGGAGCUCUCUGUAAUGCCCAAGUUGCUGCCAACGUCGUGUCGGACACUGCGAGAUCCUCGGCCAUCGGCACUACGGUUAUGUUUGGCCAUAUUGGUGGGUUGAUCUCAACAUGGAGUUUUCUGCCUGGCGAUGCUCCCAAUUAUCCUAUCGGUAACGGUCUGAACCUCGCAACGUCAACAACCCUCUUUAUCCUAGCCAUUCUCAUCCUUCUCUGGAUGAUUGCGGACAAUAAAAGGAGAGCUAAGAGAGACGUUGAUGCUGAAUUGGAUGGGCUCAGUCAGAAGCAGAUUGAGAACCUUGACUGGCGCCAUCCAGCUUUCAAAUGGAGACCCUGA